AUGGCUUCUUCUUCUUUGAAAUACAACCUUUUUGCUAGUUUCUACGGACAAGGCUUGCGCCAGACUUUUCUGAGCCAUUUAUGCAGGCAGUUAAACGAAAAUGGGAUUACAGUGUUCACCAAUCAAGAUCUCGUGAGAGGCGAACCCGUCCUACCUUCUCUCGUACAAAGGAUUAGGGAAUCAAGGAUCUCCAUCGUGGUGCUGUCGCAGAAAUAUGCUUCUUCUAGCUGGUGUUUAAACGAACUAGUAGAGAUCUUGAGGUGCAGAGAAACUAUGGGGCAUAUAGUGAUGACCAUCUUCUACCGAGUUGAUCCUUCUCAUGUUCGGAACCAGACCGGUGAUUUUGGUAAUAUUUUCGUGCAAACAUGUGCUGGUAAAACAGAGGAGGAGAGGCGAAUGUGGAGUCAAGCUUUGACUGAUGUGGGCAACAUUGCCGGGGAAGACUCCCGUAACUGGGACAACGAAUCGAAGAUGAUUGAAAAGAUUGUUAGAGAUGUCUCAGACAAACUAAAUGCUACAAUGUGGGCGAAAACCGGGUAUUCCAAUGGAAUGGCCUUCCUAGUCGUCAUCAAUUUGCUCCUGGAGAUUGCAUCAGCGGGUGCAGACCAGCUCUCUUCAACUCGCAAGCCUUAUUUCUCAAAAGUCUCCUUACUGAUGUCAGUUCUCUCUCUUAUCCUAUCCACCCUUGACUUCACUUACAAAAUCCGAGCCCAUAAAGCUCGUUUCCGAUUCAAGUGGCCUAUGCCUUGGUUCUACUAUCCAUCACGUGGCUACAACAGAAUCUUUGGUAGUUCCACAGAUGCUAUCUUAUUUUUCUGUGUUGCUGGUCAGUUAAUAGUGUCAACGAUCAAUUGUAGCUUUACUGAAAGAGGACGAGACGGUCCCAUCAAAGUAUCAGUCUGGCCUCUCUUCUUUGCUAUUGGUAUGGUAGUCUCCAAGUUCAUGGAGAAACCAACCAUUUCCAAGGAGAGUUAA